AGUAGUAACUGGUGGGGAAGACUUACGUAGGUGGACCGGUUUAUUCGGCAGCUGUCAUGGCGUCGGGACUCCUUGCAACCCGUGGUCUGCUAGCGUUUGGAUUUCAAUAUCAGCAUGCCUGCCGUUCAGUUGUCAUCACACAGACCCGACAUAAAAAGCGGUGGAUGAGGUCUUACGAAAGAAUCAUGGCAGAAAAGCUGAAGAUGGAGGGACCAUCGCCACCAAAGCGACGAUCGGAGAAGCCCAACUGGGACUACCAUGCAGAGGUGGAAGCAUUCGGAGUCCGUUUGCAGGAGAACUUCCAGCUGGAAAGGCUGAAGACGGCCUUUGUGAACCCCUGCUACGUGCGCACAGAGCAGGAGAAGCGCGGGGCCCUAGGCUUGGACCCUGAAGUCGCAGCCCUGAACCUAAAGGACAACCUGGAGCUCCAGACCAAAGGCCAGGCCUUCAUCCAAGGUUUUCUGUCAGACUGGGUCCGGGCCAGUUUCCCCAGCCUGCCCGCUGAGGGGACGGCCGCCCUGGUGAGCCACCUCAUGGGGCCGGAGGUGGCGUGUCACGUGGCACGGAACUUGGGCGUUGAAGACCUGACGAUGAGCGCCGAGUUCCCCGUGCCGGAUGAGGUUCUGUACAGCACGUUCUGUGCGGUGGUGGCUGCACUGGAGGAGAGCAGUGGCCCUCAGAGAGCAGGGCUGUUCCUCAGGGAUUUCCUGACCGCACAGCUGAUCGGCAAGGAUCUGUUCGAUGUGUGGUCGGUGGUGAACCCCAUGGGUCUCCUGGUGGAGGAGUGCACCCGCAGGGGCCUUCCUCUACCCGAGCCUCGCCUGCUCCGCUCGGCCGGAGUCAGCACCGUCCUCCCCCUCUACUUUGUGGGCCUCUACUGUGAUAAGAAGCUCCUGGCGGAGGGUCCUGGGGAGACGCUGCUGGCAGCAGAAGAGGAGGCGGCGCGCUCCGCUCUGAGGAAGCUCUACUGCUACACGGAGAGCUGCAGGCCGCUCGAUUUCAGCCCAAUCUCGCCGCAGACGACGUCCCAAGCCACCACCACUCAGCAGGCCCUCAGCAGCGGCUAGUGGUCUCUUCUUCUCACACAAACACUUGUCAUGAACUAUCUGGUGCUCUUAUUUUCAUCCGGAGAACAUUGAGAUAACGUUUCUAAAAGAAACAGUCGCUUCAAAUACUUUUGUUCUAAAUGCAAUGGUCUAACAGCUAUGCCUGAAGAUGUUGAAAACUAAUUUGGUACAGCUGUGAAAUCAACAGACGGUCACUAAUUCACCUUGAGGAAGAACUGAGAAAUGAAGCCAUGGCAGAGAGACGCUCCUCUUACGCUCUGAUGUAAGCGGAGGCAUUCUGUGGAUUUCAUUGUUGUGUUUUUUUUUAAUGUAUGUCAUGCAAAUGUAUUAUUCACACUCAUGCAAAAUACCCAUGAAUAAUAAAACAGUUAUGUAAAGCA